AUGCCAUGGCACUGGCACUCUUUUAAAACCACAUCAACCACCACAACAACUACGGCAUCCACCUGUACCUCAUGUUACAGUCAAACUGUAUCACAAAUAUUACCAUCUACCCUUAUUGCUUCGUAUGGUUUUGAUGGUGAUACAGUGGAUACUUUAGGUAUUUAUAACUUCACCAUGAUUAACAAUCCCACAUUUGUCCAAGGUUAUUUUCCGAAUGGUCAAGCUUUACAUCUGAAUUCAAAUUUAAGUCAAUAUUUGCAAACAUCCUAUGUUAAUUUAACUUAUCGUAGUUGGACAGUGUCACAAUGGAUAUAUGUGUUAGGCUUCAACGUACAAGACUCAAGUAUUGUUGGUGAAUGUGUUUCAACGACAACGGACCAAUGUUUACAUUUAAAUAUACGUAAUCCCAAACUUUUUAUGGGCUUUUAUAGUGAUGAUGCCACAGGCGGCACCACAUUACAACUGAAUCAGUGGUACCAUGUAUCGUUUGUCUACGACUAUUCGAUUAAAAAACAAUAUAUUUACUUAAAUGGAAUAUUAGAUGGAGUAUCUGCUAAUACUCCGGCAGGACCAUAUAAAGGAUCAGUGGGAAAUUUAACUAUCGGUAGAAACUUUGUUGUACGAACGCCAUUAAAUUAUUUUAACGGAUAUUUAGAUUCAAUGGUAUUUAUUAACAAUGUGAGAACGGCUUGUGAUAUUAUGAUUGAUGCUACAUUAGCUGCUUAUUAUUCAAUGGAUUUGACAUUGACAGACUCUGGUCCCAAUUCGUUAGAUGCUCAAGCAUCUGGUCAAACUAAUUAUACGAAUGGUCAUAUAAAUCAAGCGUUUGAAUUUAAUUUUGCUAUUAGUUAUUUUCAAACCGGUUAUGGUUUUACAUUUUUGGGUGAGAAGAAUCAAGCAUAUUCGUUUUCACUAUGGAUAAAUCCAAUUGCUUUAACUGGAACAGUAUUGCACGUCUCAAGUUCAGACACUGGUCUUGAUUGGUGUUUGCCUGUUAUAGGAUUUUCAUCGUCAGGUUCAAUUAUUGCACAAACGCUUAAUUCUAAUUUGACUGUUAUUACUGCUCAAGGUCCCAUACUCAGUUUGAAUACUUGGACACACUUUGUCGUAACAUGGGGCUCAACAAAUGGUUUAAAAUUGUAUAUCAACGGUACACUGGUUACAACAGUCAGUGUAACAUCAUUUUCAGCUAAUAAUGGGACAAUAUUACCAAAAUAUGUCACUUUAGCUAAUCCAUUAUCGGGUGUGUCAUGUUCGAAACAGGGUUUAAUAGGUACACCCGGUCAAUUCUAUGGACGAAUUGACGAAUUUUAUAUUUUCGCAAAAGAACUAAACACAAGCGACGUUUGUGUUUUAUGCUCCUAUAAAUAA